AUGAAGUUCACAUCGACUCUUCUUAUUCUUGCUAGCGCAGGUGCUGUAGUAGCCUCGCUCCCCAAUGCGGGGAUGCCACUCGUUGAACGCGAUGAAAUUGUGGGCAAGAAGGGACUGGAGGCAACCAAGACAAACCCUCGAGUGAAGAGAGCAGACGGAACUUUCAAUCUGGUUCCACGACAGACACAAACGAAGCAAGCCAGAAUGGACUCGGAUGAUGAUGAUGAUGCAGGCCCCUUCAAGGAGAAACGCGCCGAAGAAGCAGUCCAAGAGAAGCGUGACGAGCUGACGCCGACGAAAACGAACCCUCGGGUGAAGAGAGCCGAUGGCACUUUCAAUCUCGCUCCAAGGCAGUCUAUCACAGGGAAAGCCAAGGCAUAG